UUGAAGCACCAAAAAAAAAAAAAACUGUGACAUAUCUACUCCUUCAAGCAUGUCUUCCAAAGGAAAGCAGUCUGAAUCCUCCAAACAAUCAGCCGAGCCUGAACCAAAACGAUCAGUUGUGCUUGCCCUUCCUGCAGCCUCCAAUACGGAAUUGGGACAAUAUGCAUAUGGACCGAGGACGUCUCGUGGACGUGGUGCUAUUGUUCAAGUUGAACAACCUGAAGACAAAAGGACUGUAGCAGAGAUUGAUGAAGACAUUUUUCGUGAAUUAGGAGAAAUCAAAUUCAAGAAGCCAGAAUACCGACUUCCAUCCAUUUUUGAAUUUGGUUUGGAAAACGGGUGGGCCGAAAAGUACGGGUGGACAGAUGAUCAUAACUGGAAGUAAAACAUUGUUUGUUUUACCUUUGAAGAAAUUUGGAAUAAUGUUGGAUUAUGUUUGAAUUUGGAAUAAUUUUAUUUCUUUUUGGAACAAUGUUGGAUUAUGUUUGGAAUAAUUUUAUUUGUUGUGGAACAAUG